ACCAUGGCUCACUUUUCCGAGGUCCUGGCUGAAAUCGGCACCUUUGGUCGCUUCCAGAUACAGCUAUUGAUACUGCUGAGUGUCCCCAACUUCCUGACUGCCUUCUACAUGUUUGCUCAGGUCUUCAUGGUCCUGGAUGAGACCCACCACUGUUCAGUGGCCUGGGUCAAGAACCAGACUCUGAAUCUGAGCACUGCUGAGCAGCUGGCGCUGAGUGUGCCACUGGAUGCUGCAGGCAGCCCCGAGCCCUGCCUCAUGUUUCAGCCACCCCCUGAUGGUGCCAGCCUGGAAGACAUCCUUAGCCACCGUUUCAACAAGACACAGCCUUGCAAGACAGGCUGGGUCUAUCCUGAAGGCCGGCCCCGGUCCCUAAUGAAUGAGUUUAACCUGGUCUGUGAUCGGAAGCACCUGAAGGAGACCUCCCAGUCAGUGUACAUGGCUGGCCUUCUCAUUGGGGCGCUCAUCUUUGGGCCCCUCUGCGACUGGAUUGGUCGGAAGAUCACUGUGCUGCUCCAGCUAUUACUCUUCGGCAUCCUUGGCCUGAGCACAGCCUUUGUGCCCAGCUUUGAGCUCUACAUGGCCCUGCGCUUUGCUGUGGCCACAGCCGUUGCUGGAUAUACCUUCAGCAAUAUCACCCUCCUUACAGAGUGGGUAGGACCCUCUUGGAGGACUCGGACUGUGGUUGUGGCCCAGUGCUCCUUCUCGGUGGGACAGAUGGCCUUAGCAGGGCUCGCCUAUGGCAUCCGGAACUGGAGGCUCCUCCAGAUCGCGGGCACCUCACCUGUCUUUCUGCUCUUCUUCUACAUCUGGGCUCUGCCGGAAUCUGCACGGUGGCUCCUGACCCAGGGGAGGGUAGAGGAGGCUAAACAACUGAUCCAGAAGGCAGCCUCUGUCAACAGGAAAAAACUCUCUCCUGAGCUCCUGAGCCAGCUGGUCCCAGAGAAGACCGGCCCCACAGGGAAUGCCCUGGAUCUAUUCCGACACCCCCAACUCCGGAAGGUCACCCUGAUUCUCUCCUACGUCUGGUUCGUGGACAGCCUGGUGUACUAUGGCCUGGGCUUCAAGGUGGGGGACUUUGGCCUUGACAUCUACCUGACGCAGCUAAUCUUUGGAGCGGUUGAGGUGCCUGCCCGCUACUCUAGCAUCUUCAUGAUGGAGAGGUUGGGCCGCAAAUGGAGCCAAAUGGGGACUCUGCUUCUGGGUGGUCUCAUGUGUAUCGCCAUCAUCUUUGUCCCAGCAGACCUGCCCGUGGUGAUCACUGUGCUGGCUCUGGUGGGCAAGUUUGCCACAGCUGCUGGGUUUACUGUGUCCUACGUGUAUUCUGCUGAGCUCUACCCCACUGUCAUCAGGCAGACAGGCCUGGGGCUGGUGGGCAUCCCCUCAAGGAUUGGGGGCAUCCUGACACCAUUCGUGAUCAUGCUGGAUGAGUACCAUGCUGCCGCCCCUAUGCUCAUCUACGGCAUCCUCCCCAUCGGGGCUGGCUUACUCUGUGCCCUGCUGCCAGAGACACGUGGCCAAUCCCUGAAGGAUACCAUCCAUGACCUGGAGCAAAAGUCCUACCCACGGUGAGCUGCUUGCUGUCUGAAGCCUGAGACCUCCCUUUAGUGGCCUCAUCCUUGUCCACUGUUGCCUAGAGGCCCAUGUGGCACCCUCAUGAUUCCCCUUCUCUGGGAAGGGGUGGUGAGGAAGAAUAAUAGGGGGCCAGUUCCUGGUCAGCCAGUGAGGGCCUUUUACUCCCUCCAGGUCUCAGAAGGACUCAGAAGGGGAUUUGGAGGCCUCAGGAAGUACUUCCAGCUUGGGGGUAGCUUUUGGAGCAACCCAUACCUCUGACUGUGUCUCCAAAGCCAGAUCAGCAGCAGCAGAGAGCUGCCUACACACUCCCCUGGAGACAGCUGGACCUAGGAGCUCAGCCAGCCUUGCUGAUGGAGACAGCACUCUGUGAGCUGGCCCCAGAGCCAGCCAGCCACUGCCCAGCCCAGUCCCAAAGACAUCCUCCUUAUAAAACCUUUCUCAUCCCCAGAGUACCCCCCCUCCCCCCGCCACCCCGGUACCCUGUUCUAAGUUAGGGUCUUGGGUGUGUCUUGGGCUUAACUUGUCCUCUUGGAAAAUAUGGUUGCUCACAUCCCCUCCAUCUGGGAUCCCCC